UUCCUGACGUCCAGGUUAUAGAUAACUUAUAUGUAAAGCAUUGCAAUGAUUGACGACAAUGUUUUUGUUUCUGGCGUCAUUUUGUCUUUGCUUGAAUCCAGUUGAUUCCCGUCCAACUGAGUACGAAAUGGGAGAUCCCUUUUAUGUGCCACUUCCGUUAGCGCUUCCGGGGGGACGUGGCGUGAACUAUUUAUCCCAUCAAACCGAAACUUUUGGUGACGAACUGAGCUCGCGGAUCAGUGAGCAAAGCAGAGAGGUGGCCAACUUAGGAGAUGAAAUACAACGAGACACAACUCAACAAAGUCAACAGAUUGAAGACAUUGGAAGAGAGGUGGACGCAGAUGAGUCUAUACCAUUCCCUGCAAGCCAUGCAGGUGAUGAGUUCCCGGAUGUCGACGAGGACGACGGAGAGGGAAAUGGGUACAAUAGUUGGCCAACGGAAGAAAGGUAGCGACUGAAACCUUUGUUUCCAAAUCAGGCGAUCAGGAAAGGCUAAACGCGUGUUGUGACGGAGGGAUACUAUAUAUGAAUUCUAAUGCCAGUUAUAUAGAUGAAGGCUCGGCUUUGCUAAAAUAUCAAGGCUACUUACAUCGUAUUAGGAACAUAGUAAUGACAGACUAUGAGUGGGAAAGCCAAACGGUACAAUGACUGAUUCUUGGUCAUAAUCAGUAUAAUCAUUAUAAGAUCAAAUAAUAAUAGGAAAAAUAAAUUUAAAAAACUGUGCUACUUGAAAAGCCUGAUGUUGACUACACUUUGAAGAAAUAAGAAUAUUGAUGAUGGAUUGAAGUCCACAAAAAUCA